AUGAUGGUACCCAGGAUUAGUGCUUCACCAGUUUUCAAGAGGAUAUUUCUUCGAUGGGGAUUUGUAACUUUACCCAUACAGAAAACCGUAUCCCAUACACUGCGCAGGGACUUUAGUGCCCCUUGUAGGAGUAUGGUAAAAUGCCUUCUCCUACGACCUGGGAUAAGUGUGCACUCAGCACAAGACAGAAAAUUUUACAGUACAGAGGAAAAAAGUAGUCAGUUUGAUGAAAAUAAAAGCAAAAGUAACAAUGGGAAGAAAAAUGAGCCACACGGUAUUAAAGGAUUAAUGGCUAAGUAUGGUUAUUCUGCACUGAUCGUAUAUAUCCUCUUAACUUGUGUUGAUUUGCCAUUAUGUUUUCUGGGAGUCCACUCACUAGGUGAAGAGAAGAUUAAGAUCUAUCUGAACAGAGGUAAGCAAUUGAUUGGGAUGGGUGAGCCUGACGAAAGCAAAGUCAUUCAAGAUGUUAGAAGGAAACAGGCUCAUCGCGAAGCAGUGCAAGCAGAGAAUGCUGACAAGGUGGAGGACGCAUCGAGGAAAACUUUCAAUGAGAGAUGGCAAGAGAUGAAGGACAGCACGUUGUUGGCCGAAUUGCUAAUUGCGUAUGGCAUACACAAGAGUUUGAUCAUCGUUAGAGUACCCCUGACGGCAGUGCUAACGCCAUCCUUCGUCAAGCUUCUGCAGAGGUUUGGCAUCGACUUGAUGAAGAAGCAGAAAAAGGUAUUCCAAACGAUGGCCUCUGGUGCCAAAAUAAGAUACAAAGGGAACAACCCUAGCGAUUUCAUCAAGAAUGAGGGCACAGCGCUCGACAUUACAAAGCGCAAACCAAGAACCAAAGGCCAGAAAUGGUUUGAUGGCCUAAUGUGA